AUUCUACUUAACUCGGCUGUAACAUUGUGAAUUUCUAUAUAUUUGUUGAUAAACAUGAUUUAAUUUGAUAAACAGAACUGAGAACUGCUAAACGUGUGGCAGUGGUGCUAUCAUCAAAAGCCUGGAAACACAAAUAAACAUAUUGCGAGAUUGUCAUGUUUGUGACAUAAUAUUUAUAAGUAUAUCUAAGGUUUGAUUAAUUAAUUUAUCUUUUUAUAACAAUGCUUUUUGUAUUUUGUACUAAACAGAUGUCACCAUCUGUAUGCGCAGAGUCGACAUUUAAAAAUUUGAUGUAGAAUAUUUGACUAGCUCUUUGUUUGUCCUAUGAAUCAUGAAUGUUUUGGACACCAUUGACUCUGCAACCUGUAGCUUUCUGUCCUUAGGUAUCUGCAGGUCUUGUCUAGUUCAUGUUCUUUGUCUGAAGUCAUUAGUUGACUUUUAGAUGUUAAAUUUUGAUCUUUAAUGUUAUCUUCUUGUCACAACUCAGAUUUUAAGAAAAUGUCUUUCUCUGACCAGCUCUUUGAUUAUUACAGUGACCUAACCUAUGAAUGAUUUAGACACCAUGUUAAUCAAUUGAUUUUAAACUCUUUAAGUCUGCAAAUCUGUAUCUCUCUGGUUUAAUUUAUUGCAGAUCUUUUGACUAAGUUGAUGUGUUCCGUGUAUCUGAAGUCAUUAGUUGACUUUAUUCACUACUUAUCAAUAUAUACAACAAUAGAGACUAUAGAAUAUAUAAUCUUAUUCCCUUGCAACCCUCUCAGUUUACCAGUAAUCAUGUCCCGUAAACUCGAUUGGUGGAUGGUUAUGCUGAUCAUUGCUCUGACUAAUACCAAGAACUCCCAUUGCAAGCUGGUGUGGGAGGGCUUUGGGUUACUCAAUGGUUUCACGUCGUUGACAAACACCAAGAAGCACGCCUAUGGUCAAGCCUUCGACGACGAGAUACUUACUUUCAAGAAUAACUUCACAAAUGGUACAGUUCCUUCUUUCUCUGUCAGCUUCUUUUUUGCUAUUGUCCCUGAGCAUAAGCACAAAGGCUCUCAUGGUAUGGCCUUUGUGAUUUCUCCCACGAGAGGAACUCCUGGUGCAUCUGCUGAUCAGUACCUUGGAAUCUUUAACAAGUCAAACAACGGUAACAUCUCAAACCAUAUAAUCGCUGUGGAGCUUGAUAUACAUAAAGAUGAAGAGUUUGGUGACGUUGAUGAUAACCACGUUGGUAUCAACAUAAAUGGAAUGGAAUCUAUUGACUCGCAUCCUGCUGGUUAUUAUGAUCAAGAUGGUCAGUUCAGGAAUAUUUCUCUGAUCAGUGGAAAGCUACUCAGAGUCACGAUUCUGUAUAGCCAGGAAAAUAAACAGCUUAAUGUCACCUUAUCCUCACCAGAAGAGGCUUAUCACCCCGACAAGCCGCUUCUUUCACUGAACAAAGAUCUGUCACCCUAUGUUUUGGAGAAAAUGUAUGUUGGCUUCUCAGCCUCAACGGGGUUGGUUGGAGCAAUGCAUUACAUGUGGAAUUGGUUUUUCACUUACGGUCUUAGUGUUCAUGAACUGGACUUCCCUAUACCGACGUUUCCUCCAUAUCCAAAUCCAAAGUCUCAGGUGAAGCGGACUGUUAUGGCGACCUUCUUGACAAUUCUUCUCUUUAUUGCGCUUGUUGCCUCAGCUUUAAGUAUCUUCUUCUAUAAGAGACACAAAAUGGUGAAGGAGGUUCUAGAAGAAUGGGAGAUUCAGUGUGGUCCCCAUAGGUUUUCUUACAAGGAACUCUUUAAAGCCACCAAGGGUUUCAGUGACAAACAACUCCUAGGUAAAGGAGGGUUUGGUCAGGUCUUCAAGGGCACACUUCCAGGUUCUGACACAGAGAUUGCUGUUAAACGAAUCUCUCAUGAUUCAAGACAAGGAAUGCAGGAGUUCUUGGCAGAGAUAUCGACUAUUGGUCGGCUUAGACAUCAGAACCUAGUCAGGCUUCAGGGCUAUUGUAGGUACAAGGAGCAGCUCUACUUGGUUUAUGACUUUAUGCCCAAUGGAAGUCUAGACAAGUACCUCUACCGCAGAGGGAAUCAAGAGCCACUCACUUGGAACCAACGUUUCAAGAUCAUCAAAGAUGUUGCCUAUGCACUCUGCUAUCUUCAUCAUGAGUGGGGACAAGUUGUGAUUCAUAGAGACAUCAAGCCGGCUAAUGUCCUGAUUGACCAUCAUAUGGAUGCAAGGCUUGGGGAUUUCGGUUUGGCUAAGUUGUACGAUCAGGGUUUUGUUCCACAUACAUCUAGAGUAAUUGGAACUAUUGGGUAUAUAGCACCUGAGCUCAUAAGAAGCGGAAGAGCAACCACAGGGACAGAUGUAUAUGCCUUUGGGUUGUUUAUGCUGGAAGUUUCUUGCGGUAGAAGGUUAAUAGAGCCACGAGCACCCUCCAAUGAGGCCGUCCUUGCUGAAUGGACACUAGAAUGUUGGGAAAGUGGAGAUAUUCUCGAGGCAGCUAGUGAAAGACUUCGUGGAGAACAAGAUAGAGAACAGGUGGAGCUUGUUUUGAAACUAGGAGUGUUAUGUUCACACCAGGUUGCAACAAUUAGGCCGGACAUGUCUAAGGUGAUCAAGAUCUUGAACUGUGAUGUGCAGCUUCCAGAUAAUCUACUAGAUAUUGUCAAAGCUGAGAAGAUCAGAGUGUGGUCUGAGACAUCUGAGAGAGCACUUGGUGUCUUGAAUACACAAAUGUCCAUCGGUACCUUGACGCUUACGGAACCUUUUACCUCUCAUGGACGCUGAGACGCGUGAUGUCCAGGUCAGUCGUGAAAUGAUAUAUAACGUGUGUUU